AUGCGGCUCCAUCACUACACUUCCUCAGUUGUCUUGACCUUGUUAAUAGUCGCAGUAAAAGCCAAAGAGCAGACCUGUAAAUGUAUUCCCGGGGACGACUGCUGGCCGUCAACCGAUUCCUGGAAUGCAUUGAACGGCUCCGUCGAAGGCCGACUGAUCAGAGGCAAUCCACCAGCAUCCGUCUGUUAUCAGCAGGAGCCAAAUUACAACCCGCAAGCCUGCCAGACGGUGAUUUCGAAAUGGUCCUCUUCCGCGUGGCACGCCGCUGAUCCCGUCAGCGUCGAUGCCCCCGACGUCCAUCGGGGUUGUUAUCCGCUAUAUGAGAAUGGCACGAACGUUCUCGGUGACCCGACUGCCGGCACACGAGGACGCACGACAUCUGGGUGGUUCUCCACGUACGUCAUCAACGCUACUGAGGAUAGCCAUGUUCAAGAGGGUGUUCGAUUUGCAAGAGCGCAUGGUCUUCGGCUGAACGUGAAAAAUACCGGGCACAAUACCAAUAGUGAAGCUCCUGGCAGCUUGUCUGUCUGGACUCACUACUUGAAGAGCAUUCAGUUCACGAAAAAGUGGCUGCCUCAAGGGUGUCAUCUGCCAACGGAGGACUCCCGCAUGGCUAUGACCUUCGGUGCCGGCGUGCAGGACCGCGAAGCAUUCGAAGCCGCCGGAAAGAAUGAUGCAGUUGUGGUGGGAGGAACGGAUUCUACGGUCGGGCUCGUAGGCUGGUCCAUUGCGGGUGGCCAUGGGUAUCUGACGGGAGGGUAUGGAAUGGGUGCAGACAACAUUCUCGAAGCAAAGGUCGUGACCAUGGAUGGGAAGGUUUUCAUUGCCAAUGAGUGCCAGAACAGCGAUCUGUUCUGGGCCAUUCGCGGAGGAGGGCCUUCGUUCGGCGUACUAACAUCCUUGACGAUGAAAGCGUAUCCGAUGCCAAAUGCGACGAUGUGGUCGAUAAAUCUCGCAGCUCUGAACGAAACGACCGACGUGGAGUGGUGGAGAGUGGUUGCCGGGUUCCACUCCUACCUACCUGCUCUGAAGCAGGCCGGAUUCCAAGGGUACAUCACGGCAGGCGGACCGCCAAUGACCCUGACUGGUGCCAUGUUCGCCUACAAUAUGAGUAACAGCUCUACAUCAGCGGCAAUGGCACCGUUGCACUCGUACCUGCAAUCGCAAGCCAACAGCACGUCAGUAUCAGAAAGCAGGGCCUCUGUACUAAGAUGGAUCGACAUUUACCAUAUGUUCAACCUUACUCUUGCUGCUGGUGGAGAAGCUGGCGCUGUCAGUUCUCGUCUGAUUUCUGCGAAGGCGUUAACAGAGGACCUGGAAUUUCUUGCGGAUGUCUUGAGUCAAGUGGGCCCAACCAGUGGACAAGCAAGCGGUGACAUAUCACAAAAUUCUAUCUCUGGCUCCUUUGUGGCCAGCCCCGAGCCCGUGGACAAUGCACUGAAUCCUGCCUGGAGAGAUGCGCUGGUACAUCUUCGCAUUUCAAACUCGUGGAGUAUGGAUGUUCCCCCGGAAGAAGCCAGAAAUGCCACUAAGUCCAUGACUGAAGUCACUGGCUGUGCUCUUCGCCACUUGGAACCCGAUUCCGGUGCUUACUUCAACGAGGCAGAUCCAAAUGAGCCGGAUUGGCAGUCGAGUCUGUUCGGUACUCAUUAUCCUCGUCUGCUGGCUGUCAAGGAGAAAUACGAUUCCGAAGGCAUCAUGUGGUGCCAUCAUUGCGUAGGCAGUGAGAACUGGAGCUUUGGAGAGGAAGGCGGACUCUGUCGACAAGGCUGA